AUGUUCGUCUUUCCGUGUCUCGGUUGCGUCACCACAGUCGCCGGUGUCUACACCUUGAGACAGCGUAAGGCUAGAGAAGCUGGAGGGGGGAAAUCGCGAGAGGGCUCUCUAGGGAAUGAUGAUGCUGGAGUGUCAGGCUCAGGAGAAGAUAAGCAGAAGAAGCCUGUAGAUGAGAUGGACAGUACGAAGAUGGCCUAUUUUUCAAAAGAACGGAAGGACUGGAUGUUCUCCCUGCAAGCGGAAGCGCCACGACCAAAGAUGGUGUAUAACAAUCGAGACUUUUGCGACUACAUGGCGAUGCUAUUGCUCUCCCUCGCAUCGUGCCUAGCAGUGUAUGGCAGAGAGCAUCUGUUUUCACGCGUUGCUGUAGGAUCGACGAUAUUUCUCGCACUGGUUUUCAUGGCAAGACACGGCGUUUUGCGUGGAGGUGGCGGUCUCACGCUGUCCCUGCCAGCAGUGCUGCAGCCGCACUUGGUGCUGGCAUGGGUUAGAUACAAAAUAGCAAACAUGCGGCCAGCCUACUACGGACAAGUAGCCCUCUUCGCAGCAGAAAUAUCGCUUUUGCAAUUCCUCAACAAUUCAAGCGUUGCACAAGGUUUUUUUUUUUAAAUUUGUAUACGAAUAGAAGUGGAGUGCAAAUGUAGGUUUGUGUUAUCACUGGUAUUUACAAUUGCAUUUCGCGUACGCGUCACAACGAACUCUGUCUCUUCCUAUUGAUUUCAUUGUUCUAGUACAGAAGAAAAUUUACGACUCAACAUCGAUUCCGAAGAAUGAUCUAUUUGUUCACGCGUAGUACAACCCCUCACCUACUUCAUCUACUUCCCACCACCAGGCGCACAUGCGUUUUUUGGCGCUAGUGGGACCGCCGCACUGCAGAACAUUUUCUGGUUCGCCACCCUAGGAAUGUUUUACGUGAAUUUCGGAUUUGUCUCGGUGUUUCGCGUGGUUUCCUAUUUGGAUCACGUGCGGCAGCACGAUCAUGUCUUCGAAUUUCUCAAGGGCACAGGUUGGAAGAAGACGCUGCAGUUUUCGCCGGACGUUGUUGCACAAUCCUCGAAGUUUCUUGACCACAUAACGGGCUUGACGCAUGCGCUCGUGACGGGCGUGUGGACGCAGGUGGUGACGAUUAUUCCGUGGUUUUGGAUGCUCGCGACGACCCAUAACGCAUGUUGCGACCCCGGUGCAGAUAAUCUUGAGACAUCAACAACAAACAGCGCAGAGACGAACGCAAGCACAAUAGACACCAUGAAGAUGAAUAGCAUCAUCGGAAAUGACCACCUUACGACCAAUCUUCUGUCGAACGUGUUCGAAUUCCAGAGUAGCACGCGUCUGAACCCAUGCCUCAUUCUAGUCGCGUUCGGUAGCUGGGCACUGCGAUUUUUCGUAUUUGAGCAGCGGCUCUUGCAGGACUUCGAACGGAACGACCUGAACGACUGGUACAUUCGAGACCACUGGCUGGGUCACUUCAGUAAAAUCGGGUUUAGCUACCUGCAUGGACCGCACCACGACGCGUUGCCAGUGGGAUUUAUCGCAGUAGCAGACAAUGGGCCACUAGAGUUAUGGAGAAUAAUAUGGAGGCAAUUAAUUUAUAUUUAAUACAUUGUCAAAAUUUUGUUUAAGUUUUUGAGAAGCAAGUGAAAGAACUAAACGAUUCCGGUAGAAGUAGUCAAUAUGGUAAUCAUCAAAUAAGAUGCCCCGGCAGUUGAACUACAACGAACAACGCAAAGUAAGUGCCAGUGUAUUCAGAAUACUGAAAAAAGUCGGGGAAGUCAAUGACCAUUUUUACCAUAAGUGUACUUAUAGGAGGUCGAGGUACCUCUCUUGUCUCCCACUUCUAUCGCUAAUAUUUGGUCUUUUGCGGCAUUUUUUCGGGCAUUUCGACUCGUUUGCGUGUCCGCCGUACGCCUUUUUUCGAUGGACGAAGACGAUAGUGAGGGACAUAGUGGGACAUCAGUACGUGCCUGGCGUUCUUUUAAGGUUCACAAUUUGCUUCAUUUCCAAGCUAACGCCCACAGUUUUUGACCCUCAUCUUCGCAGUUCCCAAAGUCUACGUAGAUCAGCAUAAUGGGACGACUAGUUCUACUACAGGAGACACGAUGACGUUGAUGAAAAAGUAGAGCCUCGUUGAUGUUGAGACUGUGUGUCCUCUGAGUCAACUUAAGAACUGAUUAUACAGAUUUUUUACACGACUAUUCCAGAGGAGAGCUUUCCCUCUAACUCUGCCUUGGUCGAUGAGUGUGGUGGAUUACGGUGUCCACCAUGUGGAGCACCAUUUUUUGUCCAUGUACCCUCUCGGGAACGGCAUCCAGGGAGAUCCGGACCCGCGAAACAACUGCGAAGUCGAAACUUGGUUGUCGAACGGCAGCUAUCGCGCGGAUAACAAGGUCUGGACGUGGUUUGUCUCUGAAACCAAGCGAUUGGAGUUGGGACAGACCGAUGCUGGCAGUAGUACUAGAGGAAAAGCGCCACUAGCUGUUAUAGGAGACAACCAAGCUCCUGCUGGUGGAGGGAACGCAACUGGGAAAACACAAAAAGACAAGUAGAUACCUUUGUCCUCCAUAACUUCAAAUUAUCUACACGCUGUCUGAAGUAAAUGGAAAAAAGACUUUAAUAGUCGCUGAUCAUACAACAAGAAAUUCACAUGAACUACAAUGAGAAAAACUACUUCUUUGCUACAUUGUACGGUGAUUAGCCUGAACCUACUUAUUGAGAUAAGUAUUUCCUACUACAUUCUCUGGUCUUACUAAUGCUACAUACGAUAUCUUCUGAACUCAUUCCAUUAUGCGCAACUAGAACUAGGUCCAUACAUUCGACAUUCUUUCCGUAGGCGGCCACUGCGUUCGAGCAAAUAAGUGUUAAGUAGCUCGUCUUCAUCCUUCACCUUCUCGUAUUUCGAAGACCAUCCUCUACGUGAAAAGAGCAUGACAUCAACAUGAGCAUAUGCGUCCAGCUUUUGAAGAAGUAGAGUAUGCUCUGGCGGGUAAAUUAACUGUGGAUUCACAACGCACUGUUGUCGUGCUGGCAAUUAUCUCCAUUGUCUCACACUGCUGGCAUCAUUCAUUUACGAAACCUAGGCGUGGGAUGUUAGCGUGACUUCUGUAUUCGCCUUGUAUAAAGAACAAACCAACGACAACUACCUGGAUCCUUCUGAAUAGAAACAAAGAUUGAAAACCACUUUAGGUAGUGAUAAGUAAAACAAAAACUACCUCCUGGAGGUAGCAAGAAAAGCAAAAGAGUCUUCGAAGAUCAAUCCUUUACAACAACGACUCUAUGUAUUUUAGGAUAAAGAUCAUCAAUCCAAUAUUUGCUGUUCCUACUUGGACUCGAUGAUCUUUAUCCAUUUCGGUCCAUUAUGAGACAUUUUUGUGUAUGUGUUAGACACUGCAAAGAAAACCCACUGCCCUAGCUGGUGGUGGAUGAUAGCACAUUUGAAUUACAGAUGACCUAGAAGCUACUCUCGAAAUCGAAUAAGUCGAUUUGCAAUCAACGUGGAGCGACGUUGCUCGGAAUCUGAAAUGUAGGGUAACCUUUUCUACGAUGUUCUCCACCGUAUGUACUCUCUCGACUUCAUCCUUCUCGUUACAGUCUACUUGAACUUGAUUCAGUGUGUCGAUCAGCAUGAUCAGUGGCGAAUACCAUCAUGCAACUACAGCAGGACAAAAGUUCUUAUCGUCACUGAACCUGUUAAAUCUUCCGAUCAUCACAAUUGGUCCACG